GAGCCCAGAAAAAUGGCGGCGGCUACUGCUGCCGAGGGUAAACGAAGCGGGAUGAGUCGAUAGACCCCCCGCAGGCUGCAGACGGGUCGAAUUAGAUUACAUUAGACUGGAUGAGGCCAGGCCAUCUCCAUCUCCCUGGUCGUUCCUAGUCCAGGGUGUCGGGAACAUUGGUAGCACCCCCUCCUGAGAUCAUCCGGCCUGGUCCUGACUGGAUAUUAAGAAUGGCAAUUAUGAAUAAAGCAGCCCAGCUGAACAGGAUAUUUUUUUCUCAGUUAUACUGAGUAAAGCUCCAGUGGUUGGUGUUCUACAUGUCGAAUAAUAGACAGCUGUAUGGUAAAGAAGUUUCUUCUGAACUCCCUAUUGGAUUUCUUGGUGAGGAUCUCAUAUUGAUACCUUCGCAUUCUUCCCUUGGAAAACGUAGUGAAUUAUUGUAUGGAUUUGCAGGCUGAUUAACAACUGAUACGUGAUUAGUGCUAAAUGAUGGAGGAUUUUAUGGGUUCUCACAACUCAUUGGAUGGGGGGGUGAUGCCCCACAGCUAGUGAAGUACUGGAAACAAGCUGAAUCCCGCACUCUUUAUGAACAUGGCUGCUGUCAUCUGGCGGAAGCUUCCCAGAAGAAUCUGCAACCAGCAAGCAUAUUUGAAAACCACGGGGUGCACCGAAGUGACAAAACCAGAACAAAAGGGACAGGAUGUUAACACCAGGCAAGGUGAAAGGUAUGGCCGGACCAUCCUCUGCUUGUGUAAGGAAGCCUCAUUGUUGCUGGACUAUGAAGUUAAUUCCAAACCGUCAGCAUACAGCAGCACUAAAAGGAGGCCAAAGCAGAAUGUCUCCAAUGAGACAGAUGAUUGCAGUGAUAGUUUCCCACUUUUAUUGGAAAAUGUUCCAUCCAAUUUUGGAAUCAAGCAAGUGCAUAACACGUACACUGUGACCUGCUCUCGCCAACUGUCCAGUGUCAGAAACACUCUGCUGAACCUGGCCUAUAAUAAGUCCGAUGAGGAACAGUGCAGUGCUGCUCGAUGGCCUGCAACUACAAAGCAAAAGCUAGACUUGGACAUUGUAGAGAUCUACGAUACAAAGGAGGACCCUCGGGGCUUUCAAAAACUUCGCGAUGCCUAUAGGGCUCUUUGUUUCAACAGCUCGGAGCAGAGAGACCCCCUGUCUGCAGAAGAGGGGCAGAAGAUUCUGCGCAACGUCUCCUUCCUGAAAAGUAGCCUGACCCCGGGGAAUAUCUCGGACUACUUUCAUCAGCUCAGCUGGUUGCCAGCCGAGCAGCAUGAAGCAGUGAAGGCAGAUUCCCGUUUUGCAAUGCUCUGCCGGUACAGCGCCAGCAGCCGGGGCACGUUCACUUUGUCGCAGCUGCUCCAGCUUUUCGAGGCCAUCGUCCGCCUUCGGGUUUCCUCCCCCCAAGCAUUCCUGAAGUUCUACGAGGCGGAGUUCUGCCGCCGUGUGUGGGACAUGGAAUUCAGCCAGCUCUUAUUUGUUGCUGACUUGUGGCGUUGCCUUGGCCGCAGCGUGCCACAGUACAUGGAGAUUGUCCUGAGCUACGUCGCCUUGCGGUGGAAGAGGUUGACCGUGCCCCAGCUGGUUCAACUCCUCUACGUGAUUGGGGAAAACCGUCGGGCGCCUCCCGAAGUGAUGCAAAAACUGGAAAUGCUGCUGUCCUCGCACUUGGAGCAGCUGAAUGUGGAGGAAGUUGGAGCUGCCUGCCUGGGCUUCUUUAAGUCUAAAAAUGGAUUUUCUGAACAGCUGAUGAAAAGAAUUGGUGACAAGGUCGCCGCCAAAAUGGAUGACAUUAGCAAUUAUAGCUUGGUCAACGUGAUGAAAAUGUUCCGUUACACCCAUGUGGAUCACCUGCCUUUCUUAAAGCGCCUGGGAGAGGUGGCGCAUGAAAAGAUUCCUAAUGUUGGCACUCAGGGGGUCAUGCAUAUUGUGCUGGCGUGUGCGUCGUUGCACUACCGUGAUAAGCGUCUCUUGGACACCGUCGCUUCCAAGGUCCCUUCAAAAGUUCACUACUGUCGGAGCAAAGAUGUCGCCAAAUAUCUCUGGUCUUUUUCGACGUUGAACUUCGAGCCUGAGAACGCUGAGGAAUUUUUCUGCAGCUUAACAGAGCAGCUGCACUGUAAAAUGCACGAGUUUCAGCGCUUCCCAGAGCACUUGCUCACCGCCCUGCUAGCGCUGGCGUUUAUGGGACGUUUCCCUUAUGACCUCAUCGACGCCGCUUUGAGCCCACAAUUUGUAAAGCUAGCAACCGAAGGAAGUCCAUUCGAACUAAAGAAAGAUCUCUUCACACUUGAUGGAACGGUGGCAAUCGAAUGCCCCGAUUACCAAGGCCAUCGUCUCCCACUGAACUUGCAGCAGGAGGUUACGGAAAUGCUCUGGAAUUUUGCCAGGCAAGACAUUUGCGUGAAACCGGAGGUGGUUGAAGCUGCCAUGUUGCUGCAGGUCAUGCUGGGCGGCCCUCAGUUUGUCAAGAACCACAUGAUUUUGCCUCACACCAGGUCGGCUGACCUUGAGGUACAUUUUGACCCCACUCGCAAUCCGUUGCCACUUAACAUGGAAGUGUCAGAUGAAGAGGUGCAGAAACUUGAGUUCAAGCUCAGCGGGGUCACAAUCACAGACCAAUUAAUUUCCCAACUCACAAAAUGCGCAGCUGGCCGGCCCAUUUUAAAAAGUGAGCCUGAGCCCCACAACGUGGCUGGGGGCAAAGGUGUAGAGACUGUUAAGAACAUGCUCAGAACUGAAGUUGGCGUGGAAGAUAGAGAUCAUACAGGAUUGAAUCUAAAGGUAUUUCGAAAUGGAGUGCCGCGAACAAACGGACCUGUAAACUCAUUGACCAAUUCAAAUAUUCCAGUAAAGAAAGUUGCUGUCCAGCCCAAAGCCCCAUCGGAGAUCCAAAAGCUUGCCAUUCAGGUAUCCAACCGCAAUCACUACUGCUACAGCUCCCGCAUCCUCCUGGGAUUGCACAGCAUGAAGAGGAGGCAGCUAGUUCAAGCUGGCUAUGUGGUUGUAGAGCUGCCCCACUGGGAGUGGUUCCCAUUGCUCAGACAAACUCGCUCCAAGAAACUGUCCUAUUUGCACCAAAAACUCUACAGUUCACUGAAUUGAGUUCGAAAGGGUGCCUUCUAGGAAGUGGACAAUCUGUUUUUUUUACUUGAAUUUAAUACAUUCUGGAGCUGAGUAAAGUUGCUGAGUUUAAUGCAAUAAAAAAAACCUUGCACUA